UUGGCAGUUGGAGUUGGAGGCAGAUUUAUCACAGAGGGUUGUGGGUGUGUGAAAUUGGUUUGCCAAGCAACGUUGUUGCGUCUGGACGAGGAUAAAUGGGCUGCAAACAAAUACAACAAACGAAACUAAAAAAAAGUAUUCACUCGUCUAAAAACUGCAAUAUCUACCUCCAAACCAGCAGGCGGACCCAUUCGCAGAAACCGCCGAUAUAGUUUUUAACAUUGACCUUCUUGCCCAAACGCUGCAGUUCCUUCCAUAGGAAGUAAACAAACCUAGAUGUCAAACAUGGUGGAUUCGGGGGAUGCAGGUUAUGUUACCAUUACACUGCUCUGAUAAAUGUAUCCUAUACAUUGCUUCGUGUAGCUCAGACUUUAGCACGAAUGCUGUAUUGCUGUUUACAGCUAAGCAACAAGAAUCGCCAUGUCGCAGCCAGGGGCCCUGCGCUCCAGUCCUUGGUCUCUGGCAGAGCUUGCUGGACAGAAGAAGCUGCUGGGUCUCGGGGCCUUGCUGGCUUGGAUCGUCCUCUUCCACUUGCUGGUGAACGUGUGGUUGCUUUGCAUGUUCACCAGUCUGCUGAUUGUGAUGGGAGGCUGGUUGGGAUCCCAGGCAGUUUUGGACACCAGUAGUGUAGUCCAUCUGGAGAGGUUUAUCAAGCUGGAGAGAUGCGCCCCUUCACCGGAAUCUGAAUCACAACUUGACGAAGAAAUCAAGAGCACAGUCAGUAAGAUUAUCAGGGAUUUUGUUUCUUCCUGGUACCGGACAGUGAGCAGGGAGCCCGAGUUUGAGACUGAAGUGCAGAAUGCCAUGCAGUCAAUGGCAUUAGAGCUGAAGAUGAGAGCCAGGAGCGUGGACAGGAAAGCUCUAGCACAGAAGAGCAUGGUUUUGUUCGGAUGCCACUUGCAAAGCUACAUGAGGGUGAAGGAGGUCAUUGCUGAACUUGACAAGCAACCAGGGGGGGAUGACCGUUACAACCAAGGAAGCCUUUGGAAGCUCUACUCUAAAGUUAGCAGUCCCCAUCAAGCAUUAAAAAGCUCAGCCAUGGAGGUGAACUACGCAAGAGCAAUUGUAGAUCUGCUGUUGCAUGCUUUUGCACCGGCCCCGCACUUGGAAACCAGAACAGGGAGGUAUGUGGUUGGGGAGCUCAUAACCUGUAAUGUUCUGCUGCCGCUCAUCACAAAGGUGUCAGAUCCGGCUUGGCUCAAUGCAAUGAUAGUGGAUGUCUUAACAAAGUCAGUCAUAAAAGUUAAGCCAACACCAUCGCCAUCUCCACUUCCUCCACCACCACCACCUCCACAGGAACCACAGCUAGAAAUUCCGAGUUCCUUACCACUGAAGAUCUAUUUGGAAACACCGACAAGUGAAGCACCCACUCCUAAAAGCUUAGAUUAUUCCAGCUGUGAUCUUAUUGAUCACGCAGAAGCUUGCCCUCAGCAGGAGAAAGACGAAGAGAAAUCCAAACAAGACAUUGAGGUUUUUACCGGUGGCAAGAUUGUCACCGACUACUUGAGACCAGAUGCUUUUAACCCUUUCUAUCCUUGUGACGAUUCUGACCUUGAAUCCCCUAUGGCAGAUUUCAGGAAAAGCUUAGAGUGUUUGGUGCUUACAGAAGAAACUCUACAAUCUGACAGACUUAGAGACUGUGUUACUCCUACGGAAUUUAGCAGCGCCCCAGAUCUUGAAGAAGCAGUGAGAAGUGACCACACAAGUUUGGAAGAGAGCAUUCGGUUGCCAGUGGAUCAGAACCUGGAAGUACAUGUUAAAAACGAAGCCGAUCUUUCAGGUGCAAAAGAAGAAAGUCCGACCAGCAUCGCAGGUCUAGGGAACUUCCUUUGUGAAGAACCUGACCGGAUUCCUUCAAGGCAGCCUUUCUUCCAAGGCAAGGAGGCUUUGGCCUCCGAACAUGCCGGCAGUAGUAGUCCCCAGGAACUGUCCUUGGCAGUUCCCAUGCUGACUUCCUCCUCCUCUACAGGAAUAGUUAAUCUUUCAACCUUCAGCUUUGAGCCGCUCAGCAGCCCGGAUGGUCCCGUUAUCAUCCAGAACUUGCGCAUUACUGGAACCAUCACGGCCAAAGAGCACAGAGGCACCGGCUCCCAUCCUUACACGUUGUACACUGUCAAGUAUGAGACUGCAGUAGAUACAGAGAAUCCAGGCACCCUUCAGCCCGUGGCAUACCACAUGGUGAACCGUCGCUACAGCGAGUUUCUCAAUCUGCAGACUAGGAUGGAGGAGAAAACUGAACUGCGCAAGCUUAUUAAAAAUGUAAAAGGACCAAAGAAGAUUUUCCCAGACCUCCCUUUUGGUAAUAUGGACAGUGACAAAGUGGAGGCUAGAAAAGGCUUGUUGGAAUCGUUUCUCAAGCAACUGUGUGCAAUUCCUGAAACGGCAAAUAGUGAGGAGAUGCAGGAGUUUUUGGCUCUCAAUACAGAUGCAAGGAUUGCUUUUGUAAAGAAGCCGUUUAUUGUGUCUCGGAUUGACAAGAUUGUGGUGAACGCUAUAGUGGACACUCUGAAGACAGCCUUCCCCAGAUCAGAGCCUCAGAGCCCCACAGAGGACAUUGCAGAGAAUGAAACAGGGGAGUCUAAACCCGUGCCAGACUGCAAGAAGAACAAAUCCAGGCUUAGAUUCUCCAGUAAAAUCACCCCCGUUUUCAAUGAAUCUGAAUUACAGCCUAAAGUGCUGUACUGUUUUGGGGAGGGCAGUACUGUCUUUGAUGGCCUUUCCCUGGCUGGAGUGGCGGAUUUCAUUCAGGAGCAGGAGCGGUUGCUGGAGAUGGGAACACAAGUGGAGCGGGAUGGAAAGACUCACUUGAGUGGCGGUGAAGACAGGGAACCACAGCAGCCUGAGGAGCAAAGCAGAAGUGCAGCUGCUGAAACUGAGUUAGCAGACGUAGCCCUGAACCUGCUCUGCCUGCUGAUGAAGGAUCAGUGGAGCUGGCUGUGCACCGAGAACAUUCAGAAGACCAUUCGACUGCUCUUUGGGACACUCAUUGAGAGGUGGCUGGAGGUGCACAUUGCAAACCUGACCAGCACUCCAUAUUGGGUCACCUACCUCAGGGUGCUCCAAGAAGCCAUUUGGCCGGGAGGAUCCUUACCAACACGCCCCAGACUAAUCCCAACACCAGAGCAGAAGGAGGAGACGAGGAACCGGUGCCUGGAAUGCCUCAUGAAGCUCGUACCUGUAUACAACGCUGUAUGUUUCUUGCUCUUGUGUUUCCAGAUUUUGUUCCGGAGGUCCUGGGUGUGGAGAAGUACAAAAUGAGCUGGCAGGUGGUGUUGGAAUCUCUUCAAGACCCCCAUAUUAACAGGCAUCUGGUUUACUGUAUGUGCGAUCUGCUGCUGGAGUUUCUGGUCCCCGAAUCUUCAAACGAGGACUUUCAGAAAUCUCUCUUCAAACACCUUUCUGGCAACACGGCAGCAUGAGCCUGCGCAGGCAAGAAAAUCGGUUUUCAGUGCAACCGACUCUCACUGCUGCUCACACAGUGUAACCGCCUGGUGUUGCAGAUCCUGCUGUGAGCAACAGAGAUGGAGUCUUGAGGCUACGGUACAGUCGGUCACUGACUGGGGCUUAUAGAGGAGAUGCAAAGCCAGCAGCCCAUACAUUUACUCCAGCGGUCUGUCUCAGCCUGCACCUUUUAGGGCUGGCAAACUCAAGAGCCUUUUCCACAUGACCCCUGUGAAGCCAAAAUCAUUUACAGCUGCUCUGAAUUAAGAUCAUAUUGUCCUGCUUCAAUGCAUACACACGUUCUUAUCAUCUUGCAUUAUAGGCUACCUAUUUCACGUUUUUGAAUAACUGUUGGAUCUUUAAUGCACUAGUGUUCGUCAGCCUACCGUAGUGUUGUUCUAUGCAGAAGUUUGUCUGCCAUGGAAGGUGUAAUGUAGUGUCGUGUCGUUCCCACCCCCCCCCCCCCCCCCGCAAUAUGCCAAUAAGAAUAUUGUUUGUUUUUACAUUGCCAAGGAGGUUUAACAAAGAACAGAAUAUGCAAUCCAGCCGUUUGGAGCAAUGAUCUAGGAAUAAGAUACUGCACUUUAAAUAUCACAAAGCUGAUUUUAUUCCGCUUGUAUAAAACAAACUGUCUGAAACACCGUACUGUGUGUCUGUCUUGUGAUGUUCCGAGCAAACCUUUGCAGGUGAAUUAUCUAUGCUUUCCAAACAAAAAAAUUAAAAUUGUAUUUAAAUUCGCAAGUGGUUCAUUUAAAAUAUUUAGUGUGUUAAAUUAUUUCAAACCGUACAAAUACUUCGAAAUCCAAACAAUUGAGAGCACAAGCAUGUUUAAAAAGGAGAACAUUAGAACAAACAAUACAGUAAGAAAUAUACUUUGAAUAUCUUAAAUUAGAAUUCGUAUCAUUCGACCCAUAAUGGAUUGGUUCCAAACGGCUCUGGAAUUCUUUUUUAGAUGGUAAUGCUUUUCUUUGUGCUCAUGACUGACCACAAUCCCUUGUAAAUCUUGUGUUGGGUGUCUUCGAUGUUCUUAGCGAUCAUCACACAAAUAUAUACGGGUGGUUGUAGAGUUACUUGGCCUCUGUGUGCUGCUGCUGUGUGAAACCCAUUCCAAACAGAAUUAAAAUGAUGCCAGGGAGCUUGGCGGUGCUGAAUGUGAAUGCCACGUUUCCAUUCCGCAACAUGGAAACAGUCUGAAUCUCACCUUGUUCCAAUAUCAAACUGGGUCUGCAGCCAGUUCCCUCUGCAGUGUACAGUCCAAUCUGGUACUGGAAAUUACUCAGUCAGUCAAAGAUCAACCCAUUGGUUAUUUCUGCUUCAGAGGUCCAGGACUGAACGAGCGAAUGCGUUCAUUGCACCCAAUGAAUUGUUAUCAGCUUAAACCUUUCUAAUAGGGACAAUUCAUUUCUAUUCAAAAGCAUAGCAUUCCGUGUGGAUUCAUUCACAAUAUGUACAGCAUCACCUAGAAUUUUAGGAUUGAGACAAUUAAAAAUAAAAUACUAAUAAAUGACAAAAAAGCUAUAUGAACAUAAUUUAGAGCUUGUGUUUAACAUUGUAUAAAUCAAGUUCCUUGUGCAGGCACUGUAUGUGCUGUAUGUGCGCUAUGUUUUAAGUGUAACCUGCUGCAUGUGUUUGCACUGUAUAGUUCUUGUAUUGGUUUCAAACUCGUAAAGGUUUCUUGCUUCUAUAACAUUGACCGGAGGAUUUGUGAAGUAAUGUGUCUUGCAUAAAUAAGCUAUGUUGAAUAUGUUUACAAAUAAUAAAAACACAAUGAAGGUUCGUA